AUGAAUUCCUACACGCUCAUCUCUACACCAUCUGUGCUGGGGGGCAGCGCGGGGGUCCCGGUGCCCACGGCCCAGCCGGGGACGCUGCAGCCGCCCAUGGUGCUGCUGGACUUCCCGCCCCUCGCCUGCUUCCUCAACGGCCUCCUUGUCGCUUUCAAUGACCUGCGGCUUUGCUGCCCUGUUGCCCUGGCACAGGAUGUCACCACCUGCCUGGAGGAUGCGCUCAGUGAGGUGACCAAAAUCAUCCUGGCCUUCCACCGUGCAGAGGAGGCGGCUUUCAGUGGGCGGGAGCAGGAGCUCUUUGCCCAGUUCUGCAUGGCUUUCCUGGACGACUUGCUGCCCUACCUGAACCGUUGCCUACAGGUCCUCUUUCCCCCAGCACAGAUCGCGCAGGCACUGG